AUGGACCUCAAAGGACGUCCAACAGGAGAACAGUAUGAAAGUUUUCGGUUAUACAAAGAUGCAAAGCGUCUAUUCAGAAAGGAACAACGUAAAAUGGUACGAAAAACAGAGGAGAAUGAUUUCAAAGAGCUUAGUGAGGCUUCCGAGAUCGAUCACAUCAAGUUUUGGAAAUAUGUAAACCGACGUAGAAAGAAGAAAAGAUCAACUAAUGUGCUCACAACGAAUGAUGGAAGAACUAUCUCAAACCCAGAAGAAAUAGCAGAUGUGUGGGCUAAUUACUAUGAAAAACUUUUAACUCCUGAGGAAAAUACAAAUUUUGAUGAUGACUUCAGGGAGUGUAUCGAUAUCGAGGUUAGUGACAUAACAAAAAAUCCUUAGCUGAAUUUGAUGAUAUCUUUCAGGAUCCCAUAACUUUAAAAGAGAUCGAGGAUGUGCUAACAGUAUUACCAAAUAAUAAAGCUCCCGGUGAUGAUGGCAUAACGUAUGAACAUAUUAAGUACUCUGGGGACAUUCUGGCUGCCAAACUGCUAAUACAUUAUAAUAAGAUCAUUGAAUUGGAGUACAUUCCAAGACAAUUUAAGUUAGGAAUUAAGAUUCCAAUUCCAAAGCGAGGGAAGAGCUGUGCGUCAAAAUUCGAUGAUCACAGAGGAAUUACUCUUCUUUGUACUUUUAACAAAGAUUUCGAACGUUUAGUACUCAACAGGCUUCAAAAUAAAAUAAGAUGUCGACCCCACCCGCUUCAAGGCGCCUAUCAAGCUGAGCGUGACGCCUUGACGACUUCAUUUGUUAUUGACGAGUCAACUAAGCAUUGUUGCGAGGAAAACGAUAAAGUAUUUGCCUGCUAUGUUGAUGUCUCAAAGGCAUUUGAUAAAGUAUGGAUAAAUGGUAUGUUGUUUAAAUUAUAUCACAACGUAAAUAUUAGAGGAAAGUGCUGGAGGGUAAUAAAAGGUUGGUACUCAGACAUGGAGGAAUAUGUCCUUUAUAAUGGUAAACGUUCCAGACAGUAUAAUAUCUUACAGGGGGUUCGACAAGGUGGGGUAUUAUCGCCAUGGCUAUUUCUUCUCUUCAUUGAUGACAUGAUAAGCGAGCUGGAAAAGCUAUCCACAGGUAUAGUUAUUCAAAAUUUGUUUGUUGGAUCACCAAUGUUUGCUGACGAUCUUACGUUAAUGUCAAGAUUAAAACGAGGUCUUGAUAACAUGCUUGUACAAGUUCAUGAGAAAAAAAUUGUUGUGCUGACCUUUGGCGAAAAACGAGAUAACAUAUCGGCAAUUACGAGCAGAAGGUGGCUUAUAGGAGGUAAAGAAAUCAUGGAGAAAAGUAUCUGGCAUUAUCUUGGAAAAGAUUGGCACAUCGACGUUUCCAGCCUUCUUCCAAUACUAGAGGCUGUGAGGAAAGGUCAGGCUAUCAGCAUUGGUUUAGCAAAUCUGGGAUGUAGAUUUAACGGGAUGAGUCCAUUGGUGGCGACUAAGCUGUGGGCACAAAUUGCUUUGCCGAAAAUGUUGUACGGUGCUGAGUUGUGGACACUUGAUCGAGAAAAACUAUCAAAAUUGGAAAAGGUACAGAAUAUAUUUUUAAGAGUAUGUCUGGGUUUACUUAGUGGUACCUCGGGUUCAGCUGCACGUAGACUUCUUGGUCUGUGGACGGUCGGAGCAGAAAUAGACAAACGAAAGCUUCUGUUUCUCAGACGACUAAUAUGUGCAAGUGAGGACUGUGUACAUUGCAGGGUAUUCAUGAUACGACUUAAUAGAUGGAGAUAG